UUUGAAUAACAUUGGAUUUUAAUGAAAUAUUUCAAAUCUUAAUUGAAUAACACCAAACUUUAGAAUCUAUUAAGCAUGAUUUACAAAUAUGAGUUCCAAUAACACUAGAUUUUAAAGCUGGAUUUAGAAUCAUUAGUUAAAUAACAGUGGAUUAGUGUGGAUUUCAAUUCUAUUAAAAUCCAUUAACGAAUAACACCCCCUUACAAUAUCCGAAUGGAUCUUAGAUUUCUAAAUUUGGAAUACCCGAACCCAAAAAACUCGACUCGAACCUGAUCCGACCCCAAUCCGAAUACCCAAAAACCCAAGCCUUAUUUUUUGAGUGUAACUCAACCGUUUUUAUUGCUUUUCAGAACGCAAUCACUACAACAACCAAAAAGUAAGCUUUAAGCGAAUCCAAACGCUAUCGUAUUAAACGCUAUUACUAUCUGCGUUUUAGCUCUUCAUCUUCUUCUCCACUUCAGAUGACUUUCUCGCUUAAUAAAAAAACACUAACCCAAUCAAAUCCACUUUAAUCCUUCCCUCUCUCGCGUCCGAUUCUCCGAUGGCUUUAACGGAGGACAAAUCAGAUUCCGAUGGUCGACGUUGGGGCAAAUUCAAACUUCCAUUUCGAAACUCUAAUUCCCAAGCUCCUUCAGCCUCCUCGUCCUCUUCCAUGGCUACUUCUUCUUCUUCUGUAACAUCUUCUCAUCUAAAUCAAAAUUACAUUCAUCAAUCUCGCCAUUUUCAAUAUCACGGUCCUCCUGUCGUCGAAGGAUUGGGUCAAAACCAUCAUCAAUCCGCCGCCACGAUCCCUUCUAUGUCAUCUGUCGCGAGAUCGCUUCUUCCAACAAAACGCCGAUUAAAGCUUGAUCCUUCAGCAAAACUUUACUUCCCUUAUGAGCCUGGGAAGCAAGUCAGGAGUGCCAUUAAGAUUAAGAAUACGAGCAAGUCACAUGUAGCGUUUAAGUUUCAAACAACAGUACCAAAGAGUUGCUUCAUGCGCCCGGCUGGUGCUAUUCUUGCUCCCGGGGAAGAAAUUAUCGCAACUGUUUUCAAGUUUGUUGAGCCUCCUGAGAAUAAUGAAAAGCCAAUGGAACAAAAGAGCGGGGUUAAGUUUAAAAUCAUGAGCUUGAAGAUGAAAGUUCCAACAGACUAUAUGCCUGAGCUGUUUGAGGAGCAAAAAGAUCAUGUCUCUGAGGAGCAAGUAAUGCGUGUGGUAUUCUUGGAUCCCGAAAACCCUAACUCCAUGAUGGAGAAAUUGAAGAGUCAAUUGGCUGAAGCGGAUGCUGCAGAUGAAGCACGGAAAAAAGCAUCAGAGGGUAUUGUUGGUCCAAAGCCAAUUGGAGAAGGGCUUGUGAUCGAUGAAUGGAAGCAACGCCGAGAGAGAUAUCUUGCACAACAACAAGGAGGAGUAGACGCUGCUUGAAACUUAAAGACCACCAAGACCAAAAAGUGUGUGUAUGUGUUUUUUUUUUUUAAUUUUGUGCCGAGUCAAAAUGUGUUGUGUGACGAGAUAGAAGAUUGUAUUUAUGAUCAAUUAUCUUAGUAAUCCCAAAAUUAUUUGCAGAGGAGAUCAUCGUGUUUGGUAAAUGAAAAGGAUAUUUGC